AUGGGCUCCGGGAUGGCUUGUACCUUCGAGUUCGUCAUCGACGCCGGCGACAGAGCCCCCUCAUCAAUUGGUGUCGUCUGUGGAGAACCUGCUUGUUCAAGGCACCUCAUCGGCUAUUCCGAUCGUGUCGGCUACAUCUUCGCCGGCAUCGUCAUCACCAUCGGCGCCAUCGUCGCCGAUCUUAGAGGACCCGAUCUGUUUCGGGUCAUUCGAGUUCACCCCCACGCCUUCGCAUCGCAUUCGUCCUUCUCGGGCCUGCACGGUGGAAUGGACCUGACAUUCGGGAGCGUCCACCUCAAUAUCAGCGCUGGUGGUGUUUCGCGGCUUCCGGAACCGAUCACUUCUGGCCUUGCAGUAAUUGCAAGUUCAUCGACUGCAACAUCCACCACUUCAUCACCAACCGCGGCUGACUUAUCGGCUGCUACUUCAACAACCACUGCAUCAACAUCGUCAAUUACGUCGGCUCCGUCAUCGCCAUCGGCUUCAUCAUCACGCCGCACCACGUCCACUAUGUCUGUUGGGUUUGAUGACUCUGAGUCAUCAGAUCUAACAUUAUACUACUGCCUCGACUGCGACACUAGGCACGAGCUCGGCUCGGACGGUUCUCCCUUCGUGUGUGGCAUCAAGUACUCCUCUGAUGAAGAAAGCAUCGGCAAACACGACGAUAUCAUCCCUUUAACCGCGGCACGGUUGGCUCGCUAUCAAGUAUGUGUCAUCAUUAACCCUGAAAUGGCAGCCGAAGUCCCUACGGGGGAACACAACCCGCACACCAAUGUCGAACGGCGGCGAGAUGGCGAAGCCAGUGGCAGCAACGUCAACAACACUUUCUCUAUUUCCAGAGAAGAGCGGGCCGCAGCCCGCAAGACCAUGGUCAACAACACCUACCUCCCCGACGGUGUAUCGGCAGGCACCCUCAAUGCCUACCGCACUAUUCUCGAGAAGAACCGUUGUCGGAUAGCCAAGGAGCAAGCCAACCUCGAUCGAUGCUGGCAGGCAGCUAACCUAUCAAGUGAACAACGAAGGGAGCUAUCUUCCCUUGGGAGCACCUCUAAGAGCAACCAGGCCCCCGGUAGGUAUGACCCAUGCAUCCCACACCUCUCAGAGGUAGACACAAGAGACAUCACAUCAAACCUCUCCAACUCCUUCAUGACAAUGGAUUCAGUAGGCAUCCUGAGGUCCAAAACAGUCAAGGGAGCAACCGCGCACAUCGCGGCACCUGAUCAACAACCAGCCGACACUUGA